AUGACCUUGACCGACCGAAUUCUUCAUUCAAUCUAUGGGCUCCCGCCUCCGACCAGCGGUGUACGCAAAGAGCCAAUGCAGGUACUGGCUGUCGGGAUCUCACGAAGCGGAACCGACAGUCUGCGUGAAGCAUUGCAUAUCUUGGGAUUUAACCAUACCCACCAUGGUUUUGACACAAUCCUUCCCCCUUCAUCUCUAGAAGGGAUAUACCGACUUCUGCAAAAGAAAUACACCACAGCCCCAGAAGCCGACAAAGUCAAGAAAUUGACGGCUAAAGAUUUCGACUCCAUUCUACUGAACAGUGUGGGCGUCAGCGAUUUAUUCGCCGCAGAGUUUGCGCCCGAGCUCAUCGAAGCCUACCCCGAUGCAAAAGUCAUCCUCAAUAUCCGCCAGGACCUUGACAGCUGGUACCGUAGCAUGCAAAACACAAUGGGAUAUUUCGACAAAAAUCCUAUUGAUUGGGACUGGUGCAAAUCUUGGUUCAGCUCGGAUCUUUUCUGGAUUCGGCAAACAAUGUCGAGGACCAUGAUGCCCCGAUUCUUCAAAGGGAGUUUCCAAUCGAACGGGAAGUGGGUCUAUGAGCAGCAUGUUGCGAUGGUUAGAGGCCUAGGUUUGCCAGAGGAUCAAUUUCUCGAGUGGUCUGUUGAAGAUGGCUGGGAGCCUCUUUGUCGGUUCUUGAGCAAGCCAGUGCCUGACAUUCCGUUUCCCAAUGGUAAUCCUCCAAAGGCAUGGGCAGAACGGAUUGCUAAGACAAUGGACGCUCAUCAUAAGCGAGCAGUAAGGAAUAUGCUUAUCUUUGGGGCUUUGACUUUUAUGAUUCCUGUUAUUUUGUGCACAUAUUUGGUAGGCUUCGUUUGA